GAGUAGUAUAUUCUUUACCGUAAGAAGUGUUCUGUGGUUUAAAUUUUUAAUUAAUAUUUAUUUUUUUAUUUUAAUCAUUCUAUGGUCUGAUAAAACUGAUUAAACAUAUUUUCAAAGUACAGUAAUAAGUUAAAUCGUCAUGAAACGUAAACACAAUGUUUUAGACACUGAAGAAUCUAAGUUAUCGUCUUUACUGUUCAAGCGUUCGAAUAAAUUUGUUGAACAAUUAGAUGAAAAGAAAGAAGAUGAGAAUCUUGAUCAAAAGCCUGCCUGGAUCGACGAAGACGACGAUAACUUUCUCACUAACGCAGUCAUACCUAAAGUGAAAAGCGAUGGACCUUAUUCAUUAAAACUUAAACAAAAGUUUGAGACACUAAUUGGAACACCACAGUGGGCAAAAAUUACAAAAGUUAACUCAGGUGAAGAUGACAGUGAUAUAUUGAAAUCUGUUGGACAUUUAGGAAAACGUACAUCAACAAAGUUUGAAAGAAAGAUUUUGGAAUUUAAAGGAAGCACAAAAAUACAACCACAAAAAGCAAAAAGAGGUUUAUUGGUGCCAAGCAUAGAGUUUCAUCCUAAAGUCAGUGCAGUUUUGUUUGGAGGAAGCACAGGAAUAGUAUCAUUAUAUUCUAUUGGUGAGGAGGAAAACAAGUUGCACAGUUUUAAACUUAAAAAUUGGUUCAUAUCAAGUGCACAGUUCAAUCCUGAUGGGACAGUAGCUUAUAUAUCAUCUAAAAACCAACACAAUUAUUGUAUGUAUGAUAUUGAAAAGGCACAAUCUAUAUUAGUACAAUUUCCUCAAGUUGUCAAAAGACCCCACAUAUUCAAACUGUCACCAGAUGGAAAGUAUUUUGCUGCUACUGAUUGCUUUGAGUUAGUGUUCCUUAUAUGUGCUAAAUCAAGAGAAUUAUUGAGAACAUUAAAAAAUAACACAAAGGUACAAUCAAUUACAUUCAGUAAUGAUUCAAAACAUUUGUACUGCUUCAAUGAGGAAGGUGUGGUUACAGUGUGGGACUUGUUUACAUUCAGAAGUGUAAAGAAGUUCUAUGACAAUGGAUGUGUGACUGCAGCACGGAUUUCAAUGAGCCCCUGUGGACGUUUAUUAGCAACCGGAACUGGCGAAGGCAUUGUUAAUGUUUAUGAAACAGCUGGAAUCACAUCAUAUAAUCCAGUACCUUUAAAAACGAUAUCAAACUUACAGACUAAAAUAACAGAUUUGAAGUUUAAUCCCACUUCUGAAAUAUUGUCUGUGGUAUCCAGUUAUUAUCCCAAUGCUAUAAAAUUGGUCCACAUACCAUCAUAUCAUGUGUUUAGUAAUUUUCCAACUCAGAAUAUGGAUCAAGUUGAAACUGUAAGUUUUUCACCCAACAGUGGCUAUAUGGCGAUUAGUAACAAUAAGAGUUGUGUUAAUAUUUUUAGACUUAAACACUUCAAGAACUAUUAAAUAAGAAACAAUUGAGCCUUUUUUUAUUUCUUAAUGGCCUCUCAUGUCAUAUAUGGCCAUUAGUAACAAUGAGUUGUGUUGAUAUUUUUAGACAAACACUUCAAGAACUAUUAAAUAAGAAACAAUUGA